UUAUUAUCAUUAUCAUUAUUAUUAUUAUUAUUAUUAUGAGUUCUCAAACUUGGCAGAGAAAUAAUAUACAAAAUUCUACCCUUACACGAUGAUGGGAGAAGUAACAUGAGGAGAUGUGCUUUCUAAACAUAACACAUCGUGAAUUAUCUGUAACGCGAUUUCUACAUUGUAUUGUUCGAUAAAUAGAGCACAGAAUAUCAGGCCCAUCCUAUUCAACUAUCAAAAAAUAUAUAUUCCUGAAGGUGCACUAAGCUUUAUCGAAGAUUCUCCCUUCUUUAUUUUUGUUUUCUUCUUCUUCAUUCAUCGACCUAUUGCAAAAGGAAAAAAAAAACAACAAAGAAAAAAGUUAUUUUUUCUCAUCUGGAAGGAUAGACAACAAAGAUGAAAUUUAUAACGUCGUUAUUUGGAGAUGGGUCUCCUAAAACGAUGGGAAGGCAAUAUAUGAAAGUUGGAAGGAAUGCACUUCUUGGUAUAAAACCUGAUCAAAAGAAUGGUGUUUGUUCUGAAAGAGUGCCAACACCCUUGUCCUUGCUGAUUUCCCGAGGUGGCAAAUUAAAACACAGUAGAAUAGCAGCAAUUUGUUUCGGCUUAUUGGCUUUAAUCAUCGGCAUUGUACUCAGCAGUAUACCAUGGGUAGACUACAUUAUUUUGAAGCAAUUACGUUUAUGGAAUGGUUCGAUUGCUUUUCAUUAUUGGCAAAAACCUGGUGUCGUUCGAUUAACCAAAGUAUACAUAUUCAACAUGACAAAUACCGAAGGCUUUUUACAGUUCAACGAAAAACCGAAACUUCAAGAAGUCGGUCCUUUUGUAUAUAGGGAAGAUAUGGAAAAAGUCAACAUAGUUUUUCACAAUAACGGCACUGUGACUUAUCAACACAAAAAAAUUUUACAUUUCGUUCCUGAAAUGUCCAAGGAUGAAGAUCUCAAAGUAAUGGUUCCUAACAUUCCAUUGCUAACACUUUCGACUCAAAGUAAAAGCCUACCUCGAUUUAUUACCAUCGGUUUAUCGAUGUUCCUUAGGGGAAUGAAAAUGAAACCGUUUGUUCCUGUAACAGUUCAGGAACUUGUAUUUGGUUACGAUGAUCCAUUAGUUAGUAUAGCACAUCGAUUUUUUCCAAAAUCUCGACGUCCGAUGAGUCAAAUGGGACUCCUACUUGGGAGAAAUGGUACAUUAAGUGAAGUAUCAACUAUAUAUACCGGACAUACUGAUAUGAAACAAUUCGGUCUAAUAAAUCGAUUAAAUGGAUUGGAUCAUCUACCAUAUUGGCCAGAAAACCCAUGCAAUUCUAUUACAGCUUCUGAAGGCUCGUUCUUUCCGCCACGAGAUAAAACUGGAUCGGAUUUCAUGCAUGUUUGGGAUAAAGAUCUCUGUCGUGUCUUGCCGUUGCAAUAUCGUGGACCAGCAAACACGAAUAACAUCAAAUCAGAUCUAUUUACACCACCGGAAAAUGUCUUCGGCAGACCUGAUAAAACAAAUCCUGAUAAUAAAUGUUUCUGCAUGAAUGAUCCUUCCUCUUGUAUGAUAGAUGGAUUACAAAAUAUCAGCCCUUGUCAGUACACUGCACCAGUUUUUUUAUCCUUUCCUCAUUUCUAUCAAGCUGACAAGAAACUUCUUGAUGCGAUCGUAGGAUUAAAACCAGUCAAAGAAAUACAUGAAAGUUAUUUUAAGAUACAACCGAAACUUGGUAUACCUUUAGAAGGAAAAGUACGAGUACAAUUAAAUUUAAAAGUAGAACGUCAAACUAAUAUAGGCGUUGUCGAGAAUUUUCCUGAUAUAGUGUUUCCAAUAAUGUGGCUUGAAGAAGGUAUCGAAGAAUUACCACCAUCGAUCAAAAGAUGGGUUUACUUGGCGACAACAUUCGCGGAUGUCGCAGUACCUUGUGUAACUUACGGGUUUAUUCUAGUCGGUUUGAUAACUAUAAUCGCGGUCUUCGUCAAGGCCUAUAACAACGUAGUGUUUACUCACGAAGCAAUAGAAUUAGGAAAGAGAACUAUUAGAAGGGGAUCUUCAUUUUUAGUAAAUCAACAACAUCGAUUACUCGUCAACAAGGACUCUAAUUACGUUUUACUCAGUAACGAUAUCGAAGUAAUAUCUACCGAUGUACUUGUAUGAUUUCAAACUAUUAGAUGAACAACAACAAAAUGCAACAAAAAUCGAAAAAAAAAAACAAAAAAAAAAAAUUUGAAUAGUACCAAUGAUAUUAAAUAUUAUUAGAAGAUAAGAAAUGAUUUGAUUAAGACGAAACUACUGCUAUUUAUCAUCAUUUUGAUGAUAAACACACAGGUCACACCAAAGUUUCGCAAAAAAAAAAA